CGUCUAUUAAAUGUUACUACGCCUCUGAGCUCGAAAGUCGUACAAGGUGGGGUACAUUGAGAUCAUAUGAAAGAAACGCUUGGGGCGUUAGAAUUUGUUUCUUCAAUCUCGACGAAUAUUGCCACUGCCGGACAGAGAGCGAGAGUGUGUGUGUUGUCUACCAAAUAUCUCUGACGUGACCUGGAAACGGACCCUGGAAAUGGCUCUGGACAUCAUCGACGGGAUCUUUUACAAUUUCGAAGAAAAUUAUUUGAAUGACAUCUGGAACACAGAUCCAGCGGAGCCGAAGCUUCAAUGCAUGGAUCUGGAUCUGGACAUGGACUGUAAAAAUAUCUUAGAUAACCGUUCUAUUAUACUGCAUGACCGGAUGAUGACGGAUGCUGUCCAGUCUCCCUUUGUUCAAGCAGAUCACUGUUAUUCUCUCGCCAUUGAUGAUAAUAUUCCAGACUCUCCGUUAAGCAAACAACCACCUGACAACCAGAUGGAGGAUUAUUCUGAAGACAUGGUUGCUGAGUGUUUCCCAGCGAUACCACUGACAUCUGCAAGUGGAGAAGCAGAAUUCACUGGAUUUAACGCUGUGAAACAAGAACCUCUGUCUUCUCCUCCAAGUCCAUCCACCGAAUUACUUCCAUGCACAUCGUCGGACAACAAGACUCAAUCAACUGCUUCUGUACAGCACAAUUCACUCGUAACACAUCCUGAGAGUAAUACCAAAGGCGCUAAACGUCGUCGUUUGCUUAUGCCUAAUAUCAACAUUAAACUGGAGAAUGCUGGAUUUCCUCUUCCCCCAACUCCCCCAUCAAGUACUAACAGUGAUACUGACGGAAGUUUAUCGCCUUUUCAUCCUUUAAGUACUCCAUCUCCUCCACCAGCAGUAAUCGUCAGCAGUUCACUAAAUUAUUCCACAGCCAAUAGGAAAGGCUUUUCCUCUUCACCAAUACUUGUUAAAUCAUCAACUUCAACUUCCAAAGGGUUAUAUUACUCAUCACUUUUAAGUAACCAACCGAAAGGUGCAACAGGAGCAUUAGUACUUACAGAGGAAGAAAAACGCACUCUGCUGGCAGAGGGCUAUCCAAUUCCUCACCGACUUCCACUAACUAAAGCAGAAGAAAGGUCAUUGAAGAAAGUUCGAAGAAAAAUUAAGAAUAAGAUUUCAGCACAAGAAAGUAGAAGAAAAAGAAAGGAAUAUGUAGAUACAUUAGAAAAAAAUGUGGAGAUAUUAACAAAUGAAAACAAUGACUUCAAAAAGAAAGUUGAAUCUUUAGAGAAUAUAAAUAAGUCUCUUCAAUCAGAACUCCAAAAGCUGCUGUCACUUCUUGACAGUAGUUGUCUGAAGAAAGAUAAAAUAGCCACUUCUCAUAAAGUUGCAGAGCCAUUAAUUGAUUCUCCAGUGGAGAGUUUGGAUGAUACAUUAGAUUUCUUUGAAAAUUAUGAAGACAAAGCAAGAUAGCCAUAUUUAGGUUGUAAAUGAAGAUUAGCUGUGAAACAGAACCUUUAAAUUUCAUGGAUACAGAAUGCCCUAGAUUUCUGACCACAAGCAGUAUAUCCAUGCAGUUUGUGUCAUAUUCACUGUUCACUGACUGGUUGAAUUUCCAUCAUUUUGUUAUCAUCUUACCAUAAGCCAUAAAAAUACUAAUAGAAUGAAUGCAAAACAAUAAAUAUUAAUUGAAUUUUCAUCUUAUUAUAAAACUGUCAAUUGACAGUUUUAUUGGUAAUAAGAACAAGAUUUAACACAAUUUUAAAGGAUAUGGUUUCCUUCUUAUUAUCAUGUCAUCACAGUAUUUUAUAGAAUGACUUAACUUCCAGUUCAAAGUAUUGUAUUUUUGCAUUGGUAAGAAUUAUUUUUUAUAUCAUAAUACCAGCUGAUGACUUGAAGUUAUUAAGGGUCUGAUGAAAUUUGUUAUAAAUCACUUUGAUUAGAAAUUAUCAUUUUUACUUAAUGCUAAAUAAUUCAACAAUGCUUCUUUUCCAUCUUUGGUUGGAAGUGCAAAUGUUUCUAGUCUAAAAGGAUUUAAAUUUCAUGUAUUUGGAAAGGUGCUAAUUUCAAACAGAGUAACAUGAACAUACAUAGACUCACAGCUUUUUAAACAGGUUAUUUUAUAGUGUUCAUAGUUCAUGAACUCCCACUGUUGAUACAAUUUUUUCCAAAGUGUCUUUUCAUGCUUUCUAAUAUUAAUAAUAAUCAGUAGGUUACACUCCAAAGAUUAAAAUGUUUUUGUUUUGCAUUUAUUUGUUUAUAAAUGGAGGUAAUGAACCACAAUCUAAAGAUUUUAAUAGCUACAUACUGUGUGUGUAUUUCAUAAAGUUGAAAAAUCAUUCCAUUUGUUUAGUGAUUAAAUCAGUUAUUUGUUGUUAAAAUUCUUUAGCUGAAAUACCUUGAGGGAAAGGAUAUAAACUAACAUGGAAAACAAAGAAAUUAAAUUUGUUUUUUUAGUAAACAGAAUAUUCCUCAAGCAAAGUUCAAAUAUAUUGGAUAUUCGCUAUAGUAAAACUAAAUGGGCUGUUUCACUUAUUGUUUUUCAGUAAAUAAGCUUUAAGUUCUUUCUUAUCUAUUGCAAGUUUACUUUGAUCUGGUAGAAAGAUAUGACAAGCAAACAGUUUUUCAAGUAAUUUCCAGGUUAAGUUUUUUUCACUGAAAAUUAUUUGCCACACAAUGAAAUAAUAUUUGCAACAAACAAGUAAUCAUAAAUAAAUUUUAAAAAGACUUUCUUCUUUGCUUUAAUACAAAUAAAUGAGCUGAUCUUUAAAAUAAUGUAUAUGUCUAUGUUAAAGUUAAAAAUUAGAACUAACUAAUUAGUAUUCUUGUCAUAAGUCCUGGAAAAACAUAUGCAUGAAAAUAUGAUCUUAUGUACAGUAACACAUUAAAAUUAUUUUUAUAGAUUUUUAAAAAGAUAUAUGUUUCUGCUGUGCCUGUUUUAUAUUUUCAUAAUAAAGUAAGUUUUUAAUAGCUUUACGUAAUGAAUUUUGUUUCUCAAUGAAAAUUUUUAAAUUGAUGUUAUAACUUUUUUAAAAACAGAUAU